GAGAAUUUCCACUUCCGGCCUGCCCGGGGCCGGAGGACGCCGGGAACAUGCGGCUGUCUGUGGCGUCCGCCAUCUCCCACGGCCGCGUCUUCCGCCGUCUGGGCCUCGGUCCCGAGUCCCGCAUCCACCUGUUGCGAAACUUGCUCACCGGACUGGUGCGACACGAACGCAUCGAGGCGACAUGGGCGCGUGUGGACGAGAUGCAGGGCUACGCGGAGAAGCUCAUCGACUAUGGAAAAAUGGGAGACACCAACGAACGAGCCAUGCGCAUGGCUGACUUCUGGCUUACAGAGAAAGACUUGAUCCCAAAGCUGUUUAAAGUACUAGCCCCUCGGUACCAAGGUCAGAAUGGGGGCUACACAAGGAUGGUGCAGAUCCCAAAUCGGAACAAGAUGGAUCGGGCAAAGAUGGCAGUGAUUGAAUAUAAAGGGAAUUGCCUGCCACCCCUUCCUCUACCUCAAAGAGACAGCAACCUUACACUUCUAAACCAGCUGCUGCAGGGGCUUCGGCAGGACCUCCAAAAGAACCAAGAAGGAAGUGUCUACAGUUCCCAUAUAGAUCAGACACGAAGGAUUUAACUACUGGAACUGGAGUCUGUGGCUGUGAUAACUGGCCUUUGGAGUUCUUUUCGUGUCUAAGAAGAACUGGAGCUAAAGGUGUAAAAUGGACAGCCUUAAUGAGGCCCAGAACCUUCUGGGUACCCAGAUGGACCGCUCUUUGCCCAAAAGAUAAAAUUCCUUACUGUGAAUAUAUGCAAAAUGAUUUUUUUUUUUAAUUCCCUUAGAGUUUCUGCAAAAAUGAGAACCAUGUAAAUCCUGAGUCUACCUAAGAUAGUAAAUUCAUGGUUUAUGUUUCUGGUUCUUA